AUGCGUCGCGAACCUCGAUGGCUGGAACCGGAGCUGUGGAGCGCCGUCAUCGAUGUAGGUCCAAUCAGGAUUUCCAUCGAAUCGGACACCAUCACCAACACACUUCAUCUCAUCUGCCCAUGUCCGCCUGAACACACCCUACGCCGCUCCACCCACACAACGCUAUUCUCUCUCUCUCUCAUUCUCUCUCUCCCUCUCUCUCCCUCUCUCUCCCUGUUGUCCCACAACCACACGCCCCAAACAGAUUCGAAAACCACGAGCUCUUCCUCUCUCUCCUCUCUCGCUCUCUCGAUGACGAUGACACCUGUAGAUUUUGCACAGCCCAAUACACAUCUACACGUGCACACACCACACACACACAUACUCGAAUACAUUCCGCGCUCUCUCUCUCUCUCUCUCUCUCUCUCAAAAUUAUGUGCCCCGCCUGGCCACCGCCAGCCCUCUCAACCCGCCCGCAUGUCAGCUCACAUACCCCACCACCCACCCAUGCACUCGCUCCACAUUGGUAUCAAUCAACCUUUGGCAGUGGACCUGGACGUUCAAGCCGUGACUGCCUACCUCGAAGGACCAACUGCGGCUCAAAUUGGUGCAGCCAUCCAAGUCUCCACUUUGGCUGCCACCGAUGCCCCCGCUGCCGUCACUGAGGCCGAUUAUGAUCUGCUCCUCGUCGACCCCUUUACCUACUCGUGCCUCUCCAAAGUCAGCAAUGUCGUCCUGCUGGCCACGCUACAAACCAACUAUACUGGCACCCCAAAUCCUUAUCUGGGUGGUGUGAUCAGCACCCAUGCAAAUCGAACCCACCUACACAACUUGGACCAGCUGCCUGGUCGCCGCGUCGCCAUCACAUCGACAGAUGCCAUUGCUGCCUCUCGCCUGGUCCAGGCCGAACUCAAUCGCCAGGGCCUCAACGCCCUCAAUGACCCCCUCCAGUACAUCCUCGCCACAGACGAUGAGGAUCUCAUGGCCCUCCUCGAAGCCAACGAGACAGACUACAUCUUCCUACCCAUGGGCUUCAUCGAAACACACCCUGAACACGCCCCAGCGCUCCAUCCCCUCAAUCGUCAGAACGCAACCCACAGCUCAGACACUUUGAUCCGUUCGACAGAGAUCGUUCCCCAAUGGUCCCUCAUUCGCAGCGAGAGCGGUGCUGUGGAUGCUCAGGCGGCGUCAGCAAUGAUUAGUGCACUCCUGGCUGAUAUCAGCAGCUCCACCUUCAGCUGGAUCAGUGGUCUCGGCUUCACUCGUGCCUUUGAAAUUUGGGAGGAAACCGUCCCGGCCUACUCUCGGCAAUCCUGCCAGCUGAUUCACAGCGACAUUGCCCAAAGCCUGACGUGCCCUGCAGGCUCGGUAGCCCAAACAAACCUGGGCCUUCAAUACUCAUGCUUGGAUCUUGGUCUCACUUGUCCCCCACGAGAGGAUUGCUUCUGCCAGCCCUGCUACGUGGGCAGCCCCGUCGAGGUGCGCUACAUCCCAGCAUCCAACAACGACAGCGCCGUUCUGUGCCCCCAGCUCGCCACCUGUGCUACAACCCAGCAGCUGCAAGCCGUGCAGCUGCGCAUUGUGAACAACGUUUUCACAUGGGAUCAACCCACCAUCGUCUCCGUCUUUGUACAUGUUGGCGGCGCCAUCGCGACAUACAACAUCACGCUUCUCAACGGUAUUGACAAGAGCCUCAACUUGACCUUUUCACAGAUGGGCGUGCAUCUAGUUGAGGUAGAAGCUGACCGACAAGUCGCGGCUGACGCCUUCUUCAUCGAUGUUCAGGCGCGCGACUGUGGUGACUCGCUGCGCCAACCCAACGCACGCGGCGAGUGCGAAUGCAAGGCCAGCUACUAUGACCUUGGUGGCUAUUGCCAACCUUUGUCCGGGCUGCUGGUGAUGGCUGUCUUUAUUGGUGUGCUUCUCAUCGCCAUUAUCCUCUUCCUCAAAAAAGCUCGACAACUACGCAUCCUGGAUCACUCCUGGCGCAUUCAAAAGGAGGAGCUGGAUUUUCCCCGCGAGCCCGUCGUCCUCGGCAAGGGCUCAUUUGGCAACGUUAUUCUAGCCGAAUUUCGUGGUUUCCGAGUGGCCGUCAAGGUUGUUUCACGCACCAAGCCCAAGGAAGCACUCACUGACGACAACAUGGAACGAGCCGUGGGCUUUGGCAUGUACUCUUCCAACGAUCUUCUUCGAGUCAAAGCCGAGGACCGCGUGCGUCGUGAGAUGCGCGUCAUUGCCAAGAUCAACCACCCCUGCAUCCUCACUGCCAUGGCAGCCGUCAUUGAAGGCCGUGAGCUCAUGACCGUCUACGAGUACAUGGAACAUGGCUCUCUUGCCAACCUACUCAAGUCUGAUAAACUUCAGAUUGACAACGAGAUUCUCAUGCCCAUCGUUCAGGACAUUGUCUUGGGCAUGCAAUACUUGCACAACAACCGCCCUGUCAUUGUUCACUGUGAUUUGAAGGCUGAUAAUAUUCUGAUUGAUAGCAACUUUCGUGCUAAGAUUGGGGACUUUUCUCUCUCGGCCUUUGGUCUUGGCAAGCCCAUGAGUGGCUCACCCGCGUGGAUGGCCCCGGAAGUUAUCAACGGAGAGCUCCCCAGCCCAGCCAGCGACGUGUACAGCUUUGGCAUUUUGCUAUGGGAGGUUAUGCACCGCCGACUACCCUAUGAAGGCGAACGCCUCGAAGAGGUUCUGGAAGCAGUUGGAAAUCUGUCACUGACGCCCAUUAAGCGACCCGAGAUUGCCACGAGCUGCCCGUUGCCCAUUGCUCGACUGAUUAAUCUAAGCUGGGCUGCACUCCCGAAUGCUCGAGUCAACUUUGAUUACCUGGCCCACGAGCUCAAGGAGAUGCACAUCAAGAACGUUGGGCUUAGCAUGCUUUUGGGCAGGAAGAACCAGAAGGAACAAGCCCGUGUUCUGCACGAUGUGUUCCCGCCUCACAUUGCGGAAAAGCUCCGCAAGGGCAUCAAAGUUGAGCCUGAGCACCAUGAAGACGUCACGCUAUUCUUCAGUGACAUCAAGGGCUUCACCAACAUCAGCUCGGCUCUCUCCCCUGUGGAAGUCUCAGACAUGCUUGAUCGCCUGUACACCAAGUUUGAUGCCAUUGCCGAUGAGCUCAACAUUUUCAAGGUUGAGACGAUUGGUGAUGCCUUUAUGGCUGUCACAAAUCUGGCUGAGCAGCAGUCGGAUCACACCGCUCGAAUGGUCAAAUUUGCCAUGCGUGCUGUGGAGGCAGCAGGCACUACGCUUAUCUUACCAGAUGAGCCGACCAUGGGCAGCGUCGUCAUUCGCGUUGGGUAA